CUACUUUUGCCAUCCUUUGAUGAUACUUUCUCUACAGCACCAAGAUCCAUCACGCCAAAGAAGGGAGUAUGGGAAAAGACGAUGUCAUUGCUAUUCAAUUCACCAGCCCAAAAUGAAAGAGGUCGAAGGAGCUCGAUGUUAGGUCCAGCAUCACAACAAGAUAUGGACUCUAGACCGGGAGAUGCGCAAGCACGUUUGCCACGGCUAUGGUCAACGAUGGGUGAAAAGGAAAGAGCUGCUUCUAAAGGAUGUAAAGAUGUUCGUAAAGUGACGAUCAUUGGUAUUCAUGGCUGGUUUAGUCAAGGCCCCAUUCGAAACUUGUUUGGUGAGCCUACUGGUACUUCUACCAAAUUUGCAAGUAUGAUGACGGACGCUGUACGUAAGCAUUUCGCAGAAGCUGGAUACGAUUUGCAAGAUGAUCAAAUAACAGUGAUUGCAUUGGAGGCGGAUGGUUUGGUGUCUGAUCGAGUUGAUAAAUCUUUUGCAUCUUUACUCAGUAAUCCAAAAUGGGUGAAAGAUCUUCUUGAUUCAGAUGCUAUUUUUGUUGCUGCUCAUUCUCAAGGCUCAGUCGUUGCAACCCAUCUUUUGGCACGUUUGGUGGAACAACGUCAUUUGAACCUUCGCAAAUCGAGGAUUUCGCUUUUGUGUAUGUGCGGAAUCCAUAAUGGUCCAUUUGCACAUUUACGAGGAUCGAUAACGAGUUAUUAUAUGAACACAUUCGAAACGCCGGCCGCAAAGGAAUUAUUCGAAUUCCAGAAUGGUCAUUCUGCCGUUUCAAGAUUGUACGCUGCAUCUUUGCGUAUCGUUCUAGCUGCAGGAAUCAAGUUGGUCUAUAUUGCCUCUUUGGAUGAUCAAGUUGUUCCGCUUUAUUCUGCUUUGCAUACAGCCGCUUCUCAUCCUAGCAUCCUUCGAGGAAUCUUUUGCGAUGGUGCAGCAUUUCCAAGGGUUGAUUUCUUGACGAAUUUAUUGUCUUUUUGCGUCAAUGUUCGAAAUGCUGGCUUGGGCGAUCAUCAUUUGGCAACGCUUCUUUCUUCUUCUGUUGCAGGAAGUUUGUAUGGUGGUUUGGGACAUUCGCUGGUGUAUGAUGAGCCACAAGUGUACAGCUUGGCGGCACGUUAUUGUCUAGAAGUCACUUCGCCUGCAGGUAUUCCACCACUUGAUUUGGAUGAUGAAUUCACAAUCGCACGCAACCAAAAGUGGAACAGCAAUCCGUAUGCAUUGCCUUGGAGUUUGCGUGGCUUGUUUGAAGAUGAAAGAGUUCGACAUUAUUUCUCACCUCAAAUUGAUAAACUUGUUCGGGACUAUCUGGAUUGGCAACCUACAACAAAGACAUUGAAAGACGUUCAAUUCAGAUUGGAGCCAAUG